AUGAAGAGCUUUGCGGUGAUUUUAGUUCUGGUGUCUAUGGCGACGGUGUCGUCAGUGCAUGCAGCGUGUAGCACCGAUCUGUCGCCUUACAAACCCUGUUUGCCUGCUGUGAUGGGCACGACGCCGCCCUCGCCAACCAAAGAAUGCUGCAUUGCUGUUAAGUCCGCCGACAUUUUGUGUCUGUGUGAGGCGGUCGGUACGACUGAACUUCCCGGACUCAACAAAGAAGCUGCCCUUACGCUUCCACAGCGAUGUGGCGCUGUUGCUUUCAGCACGAGAGUUUGCGGGAAAUAA